AAAAAUAAAUCUUUUUUUUUUGUUAUAUUUCAUUUUUGUUUUUCACGAAAAAUUAUAAUUUCAUUUUUUGAAAGAUGUCUUUAAAAUUCGUAACUUUCACUAUUUUGGCAUUCCUGGGAAUGAAGAUCGUAGCAGCUCAAAAUGCUAAAUGCGUAUUGACCCAAAGUAAUCAUGCUAUAAAUCAUGGGCAAGACCUAUCCAUAGCAAGCAUAUAUCCGUAUGGAGAGAAAAAUAUUGCAAGUAUCAGCAACUGCAAAGGGAUUUUGAGCGCUAUGAUUGCCCCGUAUCACCCAAUGACUAUAAAGUUUGGAAAUCGUGACCCUAUCUCUAUAAAGGACCUCUUAGAAGGAAAAUUUGGAUCAGGUACUGGACAUGCUCCAACCAUAUUUAAUGUUACGGGAAUUGGAAGAUACUACAAUACGCUAAAGAUUGAGAUGGAUAUAGACAACAGAAAUAAGGAUCCAAUUACGAUCGACGUAGGAUCCUCACCUAAGGUUGUCAAUCUCUCCUUCAAGAAAACCCAAUGAACAGAAAUUCGAUGAUUAAUUUGUUCGAUCAUAAUAUACAUUAUACCAAUUAACUACCAGUGAUUUUUCAUUUCUUAUAUUUAUUAUAGCAUAUUUGGAGAAUUGGUAUAAGGUUACAAAA